CUUGGUCACAAUCUCCUCCGUAGAGAGCAAAUUGACAGCGGAAGUGCAAUAGACUACAUCUCCCAAGCGCUUCCAAACAGUAUCUGCGGAAGCCUUCUUCUGACACAAAUCCAGGAAGUGUGUACUGGAGUCUGGUAUGGUCGUCUGCAGCAGUCGGUACUGUUAUCUAAACGCAUAAACACUGACAGCUCAGAAUGGCAAAAGUUGCACUAAGAUGUAUAGAGUGCAAUGAAGAUGCGAACGAGCUCCAUCGUGAUUAUAGCAAUGGGAUUCUAAAAAUAACCAUAUGUGACUCGUGUAAGAAGCCAGUGGACAAAUACAUUGAGUAUGAUCCCGUCAUUGUUCUGAUUGAUGCCAUCUUGUGCAAAAUUCAAGCAUUCAGGCACAUUUUGUUCAACACAGAGGUCAAUAUUCACUGGAAGCUGUGUGUGUUCUGCCUCCUGUGUGAGGCGUACCUGCGAUGGUCCCAGCUGCAGGGCUCUGAACAGACCAGUGACCCAGCUGACAUGAUCCGAUACACCAGGGAGUGGGACUUCUAUGGCAUGUUUGGACUAGCAGCUCUCGAGCUGGCUGCGUUUGUGUGUGGCGUGCUGGCCUGUCUGUGGCUGGUGCUGGGGCUGCGGGGUCAGGCGCUGGACACCCACCUGCUGGUCAAAGCCCUGCUGCUGUCCAGCUACGGCAAGGUGCUACUCAUCCCCGCCGUCAUCUGGGAGCACGACUACUCGCCCCUCUGCUUCAGCCUCAUCAAGAUCUUUGUGCUGACCUCCAACACACAAGCCGUCAGAGUUCUGCUGAACUGUGGCCGAUGCCUUUCUCUGCUGGCUGUGAUGUCUGGACUGUUACUGGAGACUUUCCUUUCGCUGACCUUCCACAAGCUCGAGUGGCACACCCAGGACUUCCUACCACUCCUGUGACCUAACAUUGACCCCUUCCACCUGUUCAUUUAGCAUGGGAGUUAAAUUGCUAACUUGGUUUGCCCCGGUAUUCGGUUCUGUGGACUGGUGGAACUCGUUGGCUAGGGGCGCACAGGGCUUCUACAGGGCCCUUGCAAAGGCAAAUAGACGGACGAGGACAAGCAAGGGGAUGAUUACGGAUGACCUCACAACAACUGGUCACUGUUUAGAGUGCUAUUAGCGCGGGACUGCUAAAGAUUCCUGAAGUAAUUUAAUAAACUUGCACCAGGAGGGUUUGCUGAGUGAUAUACUGUUACCACAGACAUUCUGUUGCAUUUUACCAUAACAAUAAUGUAUACAAACUCAUAGAACACAUGGCAGAAACACCGGCGGAAAUGACAUGUUUAUAUAUAUAUAAUUGUUUUAAAAACAUUAUUUUAUUAUUUAUGUUUUGGUGGAUUAUUUCACACAAUUCUAUUUUUCUACAAUUAAAAUGAUGUUGAGCUUUUCCUCAA